AAUGGAGCAAUGUCUUUUUCUGAGUCAGUUGAUGAUACUGAUCCCUAAGCUAGCACUUUUAGCCACAUUAGCAUAACUGGCAUUGUUAGCUUAAUUAACAUUUUGAGCAAUGUUUUUUUCAGACAGAGGUGAUGGUGCUGAUCGCUAUGCUUGCACUUUUUGCCACAUUAGCGUAGCUAGCUUAGUUAGCAUAAUUAGCAUUUUGAGCAAUGUGUUUUUCUUAGAGAAUUGAUGAUGGUGAUCGCAAUGCUAGCACUUUUAGCCAUAUUGGCAUAGCUAGUAUAGUUAGCAUAAUUAGCAUAUGCAGCUUUGACUAGCCUUGAUCAAAGGUGGGUGGUGAGGGCGGUGAGGCUGGGGAGGGCGGUAAGAGCGGCGGUUGUGCUUAGAGUUGGGCUUGGAAGGCAGAUUGCGUCUGCUUUACAACGCUAUACAACGCUGGUUGCGGCUUUAAUUUUUACUUAGGAUGGGCACCAAACCCAUCCUACCAUUGCAACAACACAUCAUCAGUAGGGUGGAUUGGGGACCACAGGAUUUCCUCUCUGCUCUGUGCACAUGAUGUUGUCCUGUUGGCUUCAUCGAGCCAUGACCUACAGCAUGCAUUGGGGUGGUUUGUGGCCGAGUGUGAAGCGGCUGGGAUGAGGGUCAGCACCGCCAAACCUAAAGCCAUAGAUCUCGACCGGAGAAAGGUAGUUUGCCAUCUCUCGGUGGGUGGAGUGUCGCUGCCCCAGGUGGAGGAGUUUAAACAUCUUGGGGUCUUGUUUACGAGUGAGGGAAGAUCGGAGUGUAAGAUUGAUUGGCAGAUCAGAGCAGCGUCCGUAGUUAUGUGGUCGCUGUAUCAGUCUGAAGAGAGAGUUAAGCCAAAGAGCAAAGCUCUUAAUUUACUCGUCGAUCUUCAUUCCAAUACUCACUUAUGGUCAUGAGCUCUGGGUCAUGACCCAAAGAACCAGGGCCUGAAUACAAGUGGCUGAAAUGAGCUUCCUCCGUGGGGUGGCUGAGCGCUCACUUAGAGAUGGGGUGAGAAGCUUGGUCACCUGCGGAGAGCUCGGAGUAUAACCGCUUCUCCUCCACAUUGAAGGAAGCCAGUUGAGGUGGCUCAUGCGUGUAGUCCGAAUGCUUCCUGGACGCCUCCCUGGGGAGGUGUUCCGGACAUGAAUCACUGGGCGGAGGCUCCUGCCCUCGUGACCCGAUCCCGGAUAAGCGGAGGAGGAUGGAUGGAUGGAUUGAUUGAUGGAUGGAUACAUACCGAACCGAAACUCUGUGCCAUGUUGCUGCCAGUAUCAAAUAAAAACACAAACUGGGGAUAAGAACGGGUGGAGCAGAGCCUCGGACCAGCAAAUGCACGGAGCAUCAUCCAAAAUGCUGUUGGCAAAGCCGGUCAAAGUGCAGACUGUCACGUAAAUAAAGGAUCUUAGGCACAUUAAAGCACUCUCCUUCAUCCUGUCAUGCUGCCUCAUCAUCACACUUUUUUUGUUUUCUGGAAAGAAUUUAUGUUUUUAUUUUCCUUUAUUUUUGAAGCACCGUUCAGGCUCCUGAACCGUUUAAAAGUAACAAACUAAAUUAAGCAACGUUGAAAAUAAACAGCAUUUAUUUCCUCAAUCAGCCUUUUAGGGCCUUAUUGGUUUAGCAACAUCCAUUCCAUUUUUAUUCUUACCAUUUUUAUUCUUUCUUAAAGAAGAAUAUUUUGUUUUGGAAAUCAAACAAUGUUGACUGUGCCCUUUAUAUAUUUUAAGUUACCAAAAUAAAAGCACUAUGAAUUUGCUUGGGUAAGAGCAACUUAUAUAUUAUAUACAGUUGCAGGGCUUAACAUUAUGCUAAUCAAAUAAAUUGAAUUUUACACUUUUAUUCUAAUGAAAGAUGUAUUACUCUUGUUUAUCUGCUUAUUUAAUAUAACAAUAUCCUAUUUUCUAUUUGCGAUUAUGUAGGAUUUGCUGUGUAAAUUAGGGUUCUUAAUUACUCUUUCAUUUUACCCCCCACCUUAGUAGCUGGCAUAACACAUGAAUUCUUCCCUGUGAGAUUAUUUAAGUUUGAUUUAUGCAUUUAUUUAUAAACAAAACAAACUUUUUAAUGAUCACACAAGUGAAUAUAGGUGCUGUAGUACAGCUGAGGCACCCAUAUAUUAAAUAGUUGCCAGUUCCUGACUUUUCGGGUUCCCACCGUGACUAUCCCCCUCCCCCACCAAGACUGAGAGAAGGGGGAGCAGAGCAAAGCCACACCCGUUCAGCUCCUCAGGUGCAUGAUCGUCUCCCUCUCAGCUCAGGCAGCAGUGCAGACAGCUAACCGACUGGAGUUUCACAACGGGAACGAUUUUUCAUGGAAUCUAGGUAAGUCCCAGCAAAACUUUUUAAAAACAGACACUAAAUGACUUUGAGACAUAUUUAGUCGGUCUAGGCAUGCUUUUCUCUGGUGAAAAAUGCUCGAGAGCCGAGCACAUGGCGAUGCUAGCUAGCUCGGUCCUUUGAAGCUAACGCAGCAUGUGCUUGUGGGGAAGCUAGCUUUACAAAUGAUUUAAGGGAGGCUGUUACAGAUCCUAAAGACGUUUUAAAUUUAAUUUAUUGAAGUGUGGCCUUAAAUGUGUUAUUUUUAUCUUAAAUCCUGGGACUUGACCCCCCCCCCCCUUCCUUCGCGCUGCGGCAAAUUUGCUGUUGCCGUUUUUCUGUGCAAAAGUGUGUUGAUAAUCUUGAUGCUCCUACAAAAGCAUCUGUAGUCACGUCUGCAUGUCUGGGAUCAUUACAUCGUUUAGAUAUUCUUCGUACCGGGAUCAAAGCUGCCGCUGCCGGAGCUCCGUCUGAGUCACGUGACCCAGUCUCACUGUCCCGCAUUAACCCGAGAGGGUAAAACUAGAAUGGUUAGAGGAUCUCAUUUUUUUUCCUAUUGAUGAAAUAAUAAAAUAUCAAAGUUUAGGAGGCCCGACGGAAAUGUUAUGCUUCAUCAGUUUGACAUUUUCUUACAUUAAUGUUUGUAUGUAUGCCUGCUUAGAUUAAACAUGAUGUUCAUUGUCUUUGUAAAUAUGAUUUAUAUAUUUUAAAAUGAUCUUAAAAAGGUCUUAAAGUUUUAAAUUUAACAUUUUAAAAUCUGUUACCAUCUUGGCAGUGUUUAUGUAUUUUUUUUCAUUUAAAUAUGCUUACCAAUUUGAUUUACUUAGUUUUUGUUUGUUUGUUUUAAAACCAGGAUCAGCUCAGUAUUUUGUGGUCUUGUUCUUUAGAGCUGAACAAAAAAAUGUAUAAAACAAUGGUGCCCUGUUGUACGGUGGUCAAGUGAUUUUGAAAAGUAUUUCUGGUUCCAACAUUUAGUAAUAUUGUGAUCAUGUCUUUUGUUUAAAACUCAGACCCUGCUUACAUGUUUUUAUACUUUUGCUUCAUGGUUGGUUCACAGUGCAGUAGUAAAUAAUUGAGCAGAUUCGGUAAUGAGCAUGUGUCUAAAUACUUUAAAUUAAAGGGUUAAUUUAAAGUAUUUAGACACAUGCUCAUUAUUCAGGAAGGUCCAAAGCUAACGUUCAGUUUGUGAACCUCAUCUGCAAAGACCCACUGCUGUGUCAUGAUUAGGAUAAUGGUGUAUCGUAAACUGUGUUUAUAUAAUAGUUUAUUAGGAAGGACAUUUUUUUAAGCUGAGUCUGUCUUUCAUCUGAGUGUUUAAUCAAAAAAACUUUCUGUGUUUGAUUCGUAGCAGAACCUGCAGGUUUAAAAAGCGUCUGAAGAUGCUUAGGGAGCAUCACAAAAGGUGCCAGAAGAGGUACACAGAGGGCCUGAAGACCAAACAUCUACCUGUGCAGGAAUUGGAACCAGACACCAACACCAUUGCCUGUGUCCAAAGAGAAGAGUCAGAUGCAGAUGAGCCAGAGGUUCCUCCCCUGACAAGAACAGACAGUGUAUUUGUAACUCACUAAAGACUACUGUACCAAGCAUGCCAUCGUUCAAGAUUUGUCAGACGUCCCCUCAAGCUGCAUAGAAACAACAGGUGAUGACGAUGAGUACCUCCCACCAAAGAUGCAGCACAGUAGUUCUGACGAAUCAAUAGAUUUUCCAACAAAAAUUCCAUCUAAAAGGAGGCGGGGGAAAGCUCAGAAGUCAUACAAAAGGCAAAAGCAGAGUCGUACCCCUUCUGAUGACUCUAACCACUCAGAACAUGAGGAGCCAUCCUUGAACUCGGAAAAGGUUUCUGUAUUGAAACUGAAAAAAAAAGGAAAUGGUGGUAGAGUCUAUAAUAAACGACAUUAUUGUCUUUAUUGUCCUGUUAGCUGCUAUAAAAUGGCAAGACAUUUGGUCAGAAAGCACAGCUCCGAGAUUGAUGUGGCAAAAGCCAUAAGUUUUCCUCUAAAAUCCAAGCAAAGGAAAUUGCAUUUGGAUCUCAUAAGAAACAAGGGGAACCGGGCUCACAAUAAUGAAGUUCUUAAAUCAGGGACAGGAACACUGAUUCCAGGUCAGCAGUCGUCUAACCCUGGAAAACCAAGUGACUACAUGCACUGCAUAAACUGCGAGGCUUUGCUAAAAAGAAAGUGUUUAUGGAGGCAUAUGUCACGAUGCAGACUUUCAAAAAAAUGCAGUGGACAGAAGCCUGGGAGAAGCCGAAUUCAAUCGAUCUGUGCAUUUGCUCAACCUGCCCCAGAGGGUGUGAGCGUUAAAGUUUGGGAGCUGAUUAAUGCAAUGCACCAGGAUGAGGUCUCUCAAGUGAUAAAGGGGGAAAGAACCAUCAUAAGGCUGGGAGAGCUUUUAUUUUCAAAACACGGACAUGACAAGAACAAACACGAAUAUAUACGACAAAAAAUGAGAGAAAUUGGAAGACUGGUUCUUAUUUCUAGAAAAGAGGGAAAACUGCAGGGACUUGAGGAUUUCUUCAAGCCGUCAAAUUUCAACAUAGUUGUUGAGAUGGUGAAGAAAGUGUCAGGCUUCAACGAAGACACUAAUGCAUACAAAACUCCGUCUCUGGCUCUCAAGCUGGGCCACAGCCUGAAGAAGAUUUCUGACAUUCUAGAAUGUGAGACACAAAUGUCAGAGUCAAUUGAUGAGGAGUUUCUGGAGAACAUCAAAAGGACUCGAACUUUGUUUGAAAAAAAAUGGGAUGUGUGCAUUUCAUCCCGUGCUCUUCAGACUUUAACUGAAGCCAAAUGGAAUACUCCUCAUCUGCUGCCAUUCACAGACGACGUCAAGAAAAUGCACAUCUACAUAGAUGAAUGCAGGAAAGCAUCCCAAAAUAACAUAAAAGACAAUCCAAAUAAAAAGACCUGGACAAGACUUGCUAAUGUCACUUUAUGUGAAGUUAUUCUCUUUAACCGCAGACGAGAAGGAGAAGUGUCCAAAAUGCCUUUGAGUGCAUUUACUCUUAGAGACACCGCUGGUGUUCCAUCUGACCUGGCGACCAGUCUUACAGAGUUGGAGCAGAAACUCUGUAAACAUUUCCAACGCAUUGAAAUUCGAGGUAAAAGAAACAGAAAGGUUCCAAUCUUACUUACACCUGAGAUGCUAACGUCAAUGGAAACAUUGGUUUCUCUUCGCCGCACAUGCGGGGUGCCAGACGAGAAUCCCUAUUUUUUUGCAAGACCUGAAGCGGAUACACAUCUUAGAGGGUCGGACGCAAUAAGAGAAGUUGCCCAGGCGUGUGGAGCAAAGCACCCUGAAACGUUGUCAUCGACAAAACUGAGGAAGCAGGUGGCCACGCUAUCAACAGUUUUGAACCUAAAGGAUAAUGAGAUGGACACACUGGCAGACUUUCUGGGACAUGACAUACGAGUACACAGACAAUACUACAGAUUACCGGAAGGAACGAUGCAGUUGGCCAAAGUCAGCAAAGUUCUAGUUGCCAUGGAACAAGGCCGACUCUCACAGUUCAAGGGGAUGAACAUGGAUCAAAUUCAGAUAGAUCCAAAUGAGAAAGUGUCCGAAUGUGCAGUCAGUGACGUCUCAGAGACGGAGGGCGAUUCAUCUUGGUGUUCAGCUGGAGGAUCCUCGAGAUCCAAGAGGAGCCAGCUGUCAGCUGAUGAGGACUCUGAUUUAGACGGCCUUCUAAACUCAGGGACAUCAACAUCUUCAACCAAACAUCAAAUGGAGUCAAGGAGUGAAGACAGUGAAUCUGGACUCAGAAGACUGAAGAACGGACACGGUAGUGAAAAGUCUAAAAAGCGACCCUUACAAACAGAGCCCAUGGUUUCUACACAGCAGAGAGACUCAGGCAUCGAUACUGCUGAGACGGGAGCUUCAAAAAGAAGGACCUGGUCUUCAGUGGAGUGCCGAGCAGUGGAAAAGAUUUUAGGAACCUACAUUGAAGGUGGGAGGGUUCCAGGAAAAAAGGAAUGUCUUUCCUGCAUAGAAGCUUCGCCGAGGGAGCUGGAAGGACGAACAUGGCAGGCAGUCAAGUUUUUUGUUAAGAACAAAAUCACAGCACUGAGGCGGGAGAGUUCAAAAAGACGUUAAUUUUGUUAGUUAGAAUGAUUAUGUAACUCAACCUUAUUUUGUUUUCUUUUCUUUAAACCAGUGCUGGUAAAUUUAAGUUCCAAAUUUAAGCUUCAGAUACAUUAACUCAUUUAUCUUAAAGUGACCUUUUUUUCGGAAGUACUUAAUUUUCAGAUGAAACGUGUAUAGGUCAAAGGUGACCUUUUAAUUUCUGAAGCACUUAUUUUGUAUUUGAAAAAUUUGUAUAGGUCAAAGGUGACCUUUAAUUUAUAAAACACUUCAUUUUUAUUUAAAACACGUAGGUCAAAAGUGACCUUUUAAUUUCUGAAGCACUUUAUUUUUUAUGUAAAACACGUGUAUAGGUCAAAGGUGACCUUUUAAUUUCUGAAGCACUUCAUUUUUAUUUAAAACGCGUGUAUAGGUCAGAGGUGACCUUUUUUUCUGAAGCUCUUUAUUUGUAUUUGAAACAUUUGUAUGGGUGAAAGGUGACGUUUAAUUUCUGAAGCACUUCAUUUUUAUUUAAAACGCGUGUAUAGGUCAGAGGUGACCUUUUUUUCUGAAGCUCUUUAUUUGUAUUUGAAACAUUUGUAUGGGUGAAAGGUGACCUUUAAUUUCUGAAGCACUUAAUUUUUAUUUAAAACACGUGUAUAGAUGAAAGGUGAGGUUUAAUUUCUGAAGCACUUAUUUUGUAUUUGAAACAUUUGUAUAGGUAAAAGGUGACCUUUAAUUUAUAAAACACUUCAUUUUUAUUUAAAACACGUACGUAGGUCAAAAGUGACCUUUUAAUUUUUGAAGCACUUUAUUUUUUAUGUAAAACACGUGUAUAGGUCAAAAGUGACCUUUUAAUUUCUAAAGCACUUAUUUUGUAUUUGAAACAUUUGUAUAGGUCAAAGGUGACCUUUAAUUUAUAAAACACUUCAUUUUUAUGUAAAACACGUGUAUAAGUCAGAGGUGACCUUUUUUUCUGAAGCUCUUUAUUUGUAUUUGAAACAUUUGUAUAGGUCAAAGGAUACCUUUAAUUUCUGAAGCACUUUAUUUUUUAUGUAAAACACGUGUAUAGGUCAAAAGUGACCUUUUAAUUUCUGAAGCACUUAUUUUGUAUUUCAAACAUUUGUAUAGGUCAAAGGUGACCUUUAAUUUAUAAAACACUUCAUUUUUAUGUAAAACACGUGUAUAAGUCAGAGGUGACCUUUUUUUCUGAAGCUCUUUAUUUGUAUUUGAAACAUUUGUAUAGGUCAAAGGAUACCUUUAAUUUCUGAAGCACUUUAUUUUUUAUGUAAAACACGUGUAUAGGUCAAAAGUGACCUUUUAAUUUCUGAAGCACUUAUUUUGUAUUUCAAACAUUUGUAUAGGUCAAAGGUGACCUUUAAUUUAUAAAACACUUCAUUUUUAUUUAAAACACAUGUAUAGGUCAGAGGUGACCUUUAAUUUCUGAAGCACUUAAUUUUUAUUUAAAACACGUGUGUAGGUCAAAAGUGACUUUUUUUCUGAAGCUCUUUAUUUUUUAUGUUAAACACAUGUAUAGGUCAAAAGUAACCUUUUAAUAUCUGAGGCACUUAAUUUUUAUUUAAAACACGUGUAUAGGUGAAAGGUGACGUUUAAUUUCUGAAGCACUUAUUUUGUAUUUGAAACAUUUGUAUAGGUCAAAGGUGACCUUUAAUUUAUAAAAUACUUCAUUUUUAUUUAAAACACGUGUAUAGUUGAAAGGUGACCUUUUUUUCUGAAGGUCUUUAUUUGUAUUUGAAACAUUUGUCUAGGUCAAAGGUGACCUUUAAUGUCUGAAGCACUUAAUUUUUAUUUAAAACACGUGUAUAGGUCAAAGGUGACUUUUUUUUUCCUGAAGCACUUGAUUUAAUUUUGUAAUUUUUUGACAGGUCAAAUGUCAUUGUUUUUUAUAAAGCACUUAAUUUAAGUUUAAUAGGUCUUUUUUUCUGCUUAAAUCUGGGCUUUCGGUGUGGAACUCCAGGUCUUUCGGGUUGACGUCCUUUUGGUUUUUCAGAUCCUUUUGCUCCAUCACAUUCUGAUCCGCUGCUCCGGUGAUUCCAGCCAGUUAAAAGCAGGAAAGGGAAAAUGUGGGGGAGCCCCAAUUUUUGUUUUCCACCAUCUCCUGCUUCUGAUUGACUGAACUCACCUGGCCCAGUAGAUCAACAUGAAGUAAAAGAAGAAAAUCUGUAAAAGAAGCAGGAUGUCAUCCCUCCAAACCUGGAGUUCAAGAGCCCUGCAGUAAGUGUGUGAUAGAAUAAUUGAGCUCUCAAGGACACUUUAUUUUGUCCUACAGCAGUUUAUUUUUAAUUUUGUAGAUUGCUAACUAUAAAUAAAUUGCCCUUGUCUCUUA